GCAACAGUUUCGCAAACGGAACACUCCUCUAACAUGAACGACAAGUUUUUUUUAUGUAGUUUGCCGGUAAACCAGCGGAUCUGAAGCAUAUCGAUCUAUUUGUGUAUGAGCCAUGAAGACUAUCAUCUCAGAACAACGGCACCAUCAUGAGCUCUACGGGCCUGCGGCGUUGGAUAGCUCAAAAGUCAACAUACAUAAGCACUCUAGUUUACCGAUGCUGUGGGAUUCCCUUGAGUCCGACACCGAGCGUUUGGUACAGGAGAAGGAGUACCAACUAGAGCUUCAGAUGCGCAUUGCCCAUGACGGUGACCGCCUGUCUCCUGAGAACUUCAAACAGCAACAGACUGACAGCGAGGAAUCAGAAUACAGUGACGAUCUUGAUGUCUAUGAUAGUCUACGAGGUUUGAAACCAAGACCAGUGAAAGGACCACAGACCACUGUAAGACACGGGGCAUUGAGGCGGACGCCUUCUGAAGAUGAAUACGCUGCCUUGCGCUAUGAUCCAAACUGGAGACGGACUCUGGAAGGUGGCCAAUUCCUCAACCUGCUAGACACAAGACAAUCACUGGACUCAAUUGAGCAGUCUGAAAAUGGUCUUGAACCUUUGGAAAAUGUGCCUGUAUGUGAAAGGCAAGAAUAUAACAUCAUCAGUAAUCCAUCGCCAGCACUGAUGGACACGGCUCUGUCCCCAACACCUUCGACCCCUUUCCAUCUGCACCCACAACAAUCAACGUUUGGUCAAAAAUAUAUUCUUAACCCCUCAGAUUCGAAAAGUGAUGACCGAGAACACCUGCAUGUUGAAGUGAAACAAAGAUCUGUUCCACCCCAGAAAAGAACCUCUCAACAUCCUUCUGAUCUGUGGCCAAUCCAAGCAAGGGAAGACAUUGUGGAGCGAAACAAGGCAACUCUUGGUAUCAACACACACAAGCAAGGCUCUUAUCUGAGGGUCCAUCAGAAAAAAGAAGAUAAACCAGAUGAAACCAAGCAACCCAGGCAAACCUCCUAUGAGACUGUCAACACUUGUAGCCCGGAGAGUCAAGACAAUGUGCGGAAUCCCGAGCUGAUGUGGCUCCAACAAACACAAAAACUGAAGCAGAGCCAUAAAGAGAGGAAGGAACCAAAGAAGAGAGAGAGAACCAACAACCAAUCAGAUCAGUUCAAGUCUCACGUUCCUGAAGCCAAACCUGGAGGGCACCUUAAACCAAUUACAGAGAGACGUGAUCAUAUGUUUCCAGAUUCUCCAGUGGCCUACAGCUAUACCCAUGAUCCACCUCAAUAUUUUCAGUCCGAUCUUUCUAAUGCUACCCCAACAGUCAACCUCAACAUAAACCUCCACUCACUUGCCAAUCAUGCACAGCCACUUAAUCAUACUCGGCAAGAGAGUUUUACCCUUGUUUCUCAAGCACAACAAUUGGAUAGGCAUGAUCUGUUCAACCCACCCUCAGUGCCUUCAAAUGCAGUAAGGCAGGUGGGCUUGGAUCCACAAGCAGUUGUAUCUUCCCCAGUCCCCCACUCUGAAGUGGUACACAGGCAAUACACUGUGGACAGAAGGGUUACUAAGGGCUUAGGACAGUGGCAUGUUGGCAAACCUUUCCCUAAUGCAUUUGAGAAUGAAUCAUCCAAGAAUCACAACAGAUUGAGGAUACCUGUGCUAAGAUUGCCCACAUCUCCUCAAGUGGAGGUCAGUCACUAUCCAUCCCAUCUUAUGCCCACGGAUGAGGAUAGUGUGGGACCCUGUGCUCAUCCAACACAGAUCUCUAGUGCUUACACAGUGCUGCCCCCCAUAACAAGAGCUAAUGUCAGCGACACUGAGAUAUGCUCUGACAGAUCUGAGUGGCAGCUGAAUCCAAUCCACAGAAGCUGCUCAGAAGGCUACCUUUCACAAAUGGAAAGACACAGACAGCUGAAAGCUAAAUCAAAUUAUAAGGUUUAUACACUGAAGGACUACAAAAACAUGAAACAAGAGGUGAAGCUUGGAGGACUUGGCCCAACAAACACAAUACCAGAAGCUACGGCAGAGAAAAUUAGACGACAGAAGCUGUAUUCAAAUGUGAUCCGCGAACAGAACAAGAAGAUAAGUAGGAUUCCCUCUCUGCCGGCCAAGGACCCAGUGGGCAGUGACAACAAGGACACCGUUCCCAGGAGGAAAGCUUUAGAAUAUGCCAAAACAAUUGCAAAGCCCAAAGCCCCUCUGAAGUUAAAGGACACAUCCCGAGAGAAAAAUGUGAGCAUUCAGGCUCAAUAUCUGGAAGAAAUGGACCCAACGCAAAUGGCCACUCUGGAGAUGCUGAGACGGCAUGAGGAAGAGAAACGGGCUGUGGCUCAAAUCAAAACCAUUCAUGCAAUUUAA